AUGGAAGGAAAAAGAGCAGCGCCAUUUCUAACAAAGAUAUACGCCAUUGUUGACGACCCAUCUACAGACAAUAUUGUGUCAUGGAGCGAAGGAAACAACAGUUUUGUUGUGAAGGAUCCACACCAUUUCUCUUUUCAUUUGCUCCCUCGCUACUUCAAACACUCCAACUUCUCUAGCUUUAUUCGACAGCUCAACACAUAUGGAUUUCGUAAAGUGGAUCUUGAUAGAUGGGAAUUUGCACAUGAAUGCUUUCUUCGAGGCCAAAAGCACUUACUCAACAGCAUUCAUCGAAGGAGUUAUAAUCAUCGCCACUGUGAAGGGGAAUUAGAGAGGCUCAAUGGCGAAGAGGACGCCAUUGUUAUGGAGGUUGUUCAGCUGAAGAAGGAGCAGGAACGUAUUGAUAGAGAACUUGAGGAUAUGCAGAGGCGACUCAGCUUCAUAGAAAAAAGACCACAACAGAUGAUGUCGCUCCUCCAAACAUUCAAUCACAAUCCGAAUUCCACUAUUAAAAAGAGGAAACUAUUGCCACUGGCUCAUAACGACGAGCAGAGAAAAACCACGCGUGAAUUGGGCUUGGAUUGUGUAAGUACAAAUGGGUUUGUGGAUCGUGGGUUGAGUAGAAUUUCAUUGAUUUCUGAUGGGAUUGAAGAUUCUGAGACUAGGGCUGGAUUGCUCUCUAAGGAUCUAAUGGACACGCGCUCAAUUGGAAAUCAGAGCUCAGAGAAUUGUAUUGAAAAGGUUGAUUUUGAGGUGGGUAUGGGCUUAGAAUUGGAUCAUGUGGGUGUGAAUAAUGUGAAUGAAAUGCUUUGUUGGGAUCUAGUAAUCGCUGAGGAAACCCAAUUCAUCAACUACAAAAUCCUUUCAGAAAUGACGGGCGUUCAGGUCAACAAAUCGCCUGAUUCGAAGUGA